AUGCUCGAUAGUACAACUUCUCAAAAAAGUCCUUAAUUAUAGAAAUCUAUCAAGUCAAAAUAAGAACUUCAAAGUUUUUAUCAUUAUUCUAAGAUUAUGAGAUUAAAAGAAGUAAAAGAAGUGACUUAGAAGCCAAGUUAAUUAUCUAUCAAUUUUAAUUUAAGUCAACAAAAUUCAAUAGCACUUCGAUAGAGUGAUCAUCUAAGCAAUUUCGAGUUCCUAAUUUAAUAGAAUUCCAGGCAUAAUUACCAUAGACAAAUAAGAGAAUAAUAUCAAUAUCAUUCGCAAUCAGCAUUAACAAAGAACUAGACAGAAAAAAUCAAUUGGUAGAAGUAUAAAGAAAAUCAAAAAAGAAUUGAAUAGGCACUUAAUAAAUAGAAGUUCAACCACUGUUUGGAGAACAAUUAAUAAUCUAUAACUAGGAGAAGAGUUUAAAGAUUAUCUUCAGAAACUUCAACUUAAUCAAAAUUCUUUAUAGAAUCUCGACCAACCUCUAAAUAAGGAACCCAACUCUAAAAUUAGGUUAUAUUUGAUUCAAUGCAAAAGAAAUAAUCAAUCAAAGCUGCAAGUACAUAACACCAAAGUUAAAUUGAUCAAUAUGAUUAUGAAAUCUCUUAACAACCUAUCAAUUUUGAUACAUUGGUCAAUAAAAUCUUAGAUAAGAAGUAGGAACAAUAAUCAUAAAAUGAUGAAAAUGAAGAAGAAAAUCUAGAGGAAGAAGAAGAAGAAUUUGAAGAAUAUAAGGAUGAAAAAGAUAUAAUGAAAAUUAAAACUGAAGGAAUAUAUGAAUAAAUUGAAAAAUAAUUAGAUAAUAAUUUAAGAAGAUAAUUAAAAAAAUAAGUGAUUAAGUAGGAUAACCUAUAUAAUUAAUAAGUAGUAACUGCAAAUAAACAAACAAUUUAGAAAUUAUAAUAAACAAAAAAAAAGUUAAAAGCUUCUAUAAAAUAAUAAUUAUAAUUUCAGGGUAAUUAAUAAGAAACAGAUAUAUAGCAAUAAUAAUAAUAAGUUUAAUUAUCUUAAAAUGAAAUCCUCACCCAAACCUUUUCUCCUAAAAAAACCAAUGACGAAAAAGCAAAAAAACUAAAUGAUGAAUACCUAAAAGAAUUAAGAGAAGAAUAAAAUUAAUAUAAACAAAAUUAAUUGAGAUCUCAGCAAGAAGAAGAGAAAAAAUAAUAGGCUAAAUUAUUAGAAAUAAGGCAAAUUUAAGAGGAAAUAGAAAGGAAAAAAAAUAAAAAGGAAGAAUUUAUAUAUAAUUAAUAAGAAAACGACAAUGAAGAGUAAUUUCUUAAGAGAUAAUCCUUACUAAAAUUAGAUUUAAUUGAAUCAUAAAAAAAAGAGUAGGAAAGAUUGUUGAGAGAAUAACAGUUACAACAAAAAGAAAAAGAAGAACAAUUGAAUAAAGCAAAAAUUUUAGAAGAAGAAAAGUAGAGAGAGAUUGAGGAGAAUAAAAAGAAGGAAAUAGCCUUACUUAUUUAAAAAUAGAAGGAGGAGGUUGAGAAAUAAGUCUAAGAGGAAUUGUCUAAACAACCUUCUAAAUUAGAAAGGUAAAAAAGUGUCUUAAUAGUGCCAAAAUAGACUUUUUAAGAAAGAAAAAGAUCCUAAGAAGAAAUAGAAACUUCAAAUCUCUAAAUAAAGAGAGAAAUUGAAUUAAAAAUAUAAAAAUAAAAAGAAGAUGAUGAAAAAGAAGAAUUGGAUCAGCUGAGCUUUGUUGAUUUCAUGUUGAGAUCACAAAAUAUUUAUGAUGUGAAUUAUGAUGUAAAUCUUGAUUAUUUAGAUAUAGAAAUUUAAAUUAUAUGA